AUGCUCCAGUCCGCUGCUCUCUUAGUCCUGGCUGCGGCCAGCAACGUCGUCUCGGCGCGUUGGUGCCGCGACCUCACCAUUCCCGUGUCACUCACAUCUCGCAACGCCGUGUUUGAUAUAGAGCCUCUCAAAACGGAGAUUGACGUCACAAACUUUUACCUCGAGCUUGGAAGGCAAGGUGGAAACCUGGCGGACAAACUAGUAAAAGGUUAUAAAACAGUAUCAGGCAUCUACACCCUUGCCGCAACGUACUGUGUACCCGACAAAGGACCGGGAGAUGUACUUCAGAUUAUGACACACGGCGUCGGCUUCGACCGUAGCUACUGGGAUCCCCCCAUCGACGAUUACAAGUACAGCUAUGUUGCCCGCGCUGUUGACGACCACGGCUACUCGACUUUGACAUGGGAUCGACUGGGCGUUGGAAAGUCCUCUCACGGCGAGACAAUCAAUGAAAUCCAGAUCUUCCUCGAAAUCGCCGCCCUGGCUGAGCUCACCCGCAAGUUCGUAAACUGCACGGUCUUCGAGCACUCCUACAAGCGUGUUGUUCACCUGGGCCACUCAUUCGGUUCUGCCAUGACGUACGGCCUCGUGAACCAGUAUCCCGAUAUCAGCAACGGCAUCGUUUUGACGGGCUUCAGCCAAAUACCCGCUUACAUGGGGCUCUUCGCUCUCGGCGGCAACUUCGUCCCCGUCAGCUCCGUCCCAUCUCUCGCUUCCCAGUACGCAGAAGGAUACGUCGCCGCUGGAUCCAAGUCGGCAGUCCACACCAACUUUUUCGGCCCCGAUGACUUCGACCCGGCUGUUCUCGACUGGCUGUACGAGCAUGGCCAGGCCAACACACCCGGCGAGAUCCUGACCGUCGGCGCAACAGGUGGUGUAGCUAACGUCUUCCAUGGCCCAUCAUUGGUCAUCACAGGAGAACGCGAUGUUCCUUUCUGCGGCGGUGACUGUUACGCCACGUCUGCCAUCCAGAACAAAACGUCCAACCUCAUCGCUGCCUCCGAGGAGUUCUUCCCCAACGCAUCCCCCUUCAAUGCCACCGUCAUCCCCAAGGCAGGCCACGGGCUGAAUUUAGGCUACUCUGCGGACCUGGCCUUUGACACAAUCCUUGAAUUCCUUGAAGCUCACGUAUGA